CUUUCCCCUCCCCGCGCCGGUCCCGUCCCGCCGCGGCCGGAAAGCGCUCCGCUGCCGGGCAACGCGUUUACGACAUCGCGGGACCGCGGCGGGUCCGCGACCAUGUUCGGGGCGGCGGCGGCGGAGGAGGACGACGCGGACUUCCUGUCCCCUGCCAGCGGUGCCAGAUUGGCCUCUCUCUUUGGUCUGGAUCAAACAGUCUCAAGCCAUGGAAACGAAUUCUUCCAGUACACUGCACCAAAGCAGCCUAAGAAGGGUCAAACAGCAGCUGGUCAGGCAGCCCAGAAGGCUCCUGUGGCCCCAGCAGCUUCAGGAGCACCAUCAGUGUUCAUGGCCACUGCGGUUCAUGCUUAUCGAUAUACAAAUGGGCAGUACUUGAAGCAAGGCAAGUAUGGAGCAGCUGUAGUGGGGAACCAUGCUACUAAAGAGUACAGAAUCCUCCUUUACAUCAGUCAGCAGCAACAGAUCGCGACUGCAAGGAUCCAUCCAGGCUUCAUACUCACAGUUCAACCCAACAAUUACAGUACGUUCUAUGAUGAUCAGAGACAAAACUGGUCCAUCAUGUUUGAGUCAGAAAAGGCAGCAAUGGAUUUCAGUAAACAGGUAUGCAUUGCCAAAUGCAACAGCUCCCCAGUGCUUGAUUCAGUCCUCUACCAGGAUCUCCUUCUUGGAGAAGGGCAAGGAGUAGAAGGAGGAGACUCUCUGGAGAUUGCCUAUACAGGUUGGCUGUUCCAGAACAAUGGGCUUGGACAGGUGUUUGACUCAAAUGUUAACAAAGACAAGCUGUUACGGCUCAAGCUGGGAUCUGGAAAGGUCAUUAAGGGCUGGGAAGAAGGAAUGAUGGGGAUGAAGAAAGGAGGGCGAAGGUAUCUCAUCAUUCCUCCAGCAUGGGCCUAUGGGGCUCAGGGAGUGGCUGGCCGUGUCCCUCCAGACUCUACUUUAGUUUUUGAGGUGGAAGUUAGGCGGGUAAAGUUGGUAAAGGAAUGCUCUGGUUCGGAUGGACAAAGCGUUAGUUCAAGGGAUUCUCCUGCACCUUCCCCAGUACCAAAUUCAGAUGGCUUCUCUGCAGACACUGGUUUAUUGCCUCCAUCUACGAUACCUCCAAAGCCUGGGGAGCCAGCUGUUCGGGCCAAGUCAAACUCCAUCAGUGAACAGCUAGCAAACCCAGAUGUAGCAAAGGCAAAGCUAAUUUCUCGGAUGGCUAAAAUGGGACAGCCCAUGCUGCCUUUCCUUGCCGGGACAGCAGGUAGUCAACUUGACUCCAGUGACUCGGAAAUAGAGGAUCCAAAUACACUGAGAGGGACAGCACAACCAGUGGCUUCAUCUUCAGUGAGACCAUCGCAGCCAGCUCAUGCAGUACUGCCCACAGUGUCAACACAAGUACCUCAAGCAUCUGGUUCUACACCCCCGGUAUCUUCUGCUGCUUUAAUACCUGCAACGAUCCAGCCCCAUUCAGCUCUGCCUGGAGGAGCACAGGGUUUUCAGGCAUAUCCAGGAAUGGCAUUUGCUUACCCCCAAACUGCUGCAUCUGCUUCUCAACUCCAGCCUGUAGGACAGAUGUAUCCCACACCUUACCAAGCACCCGGGGAUGUUACUUCCUUUUUGAUGACAGAAGCUCGGCAGCAUAACACUGAAAUCCGAAUGGCCGUUAGCAAAGUAGUAGAUAAAAUGGAUCAUCUGGCUGCCAAGGUGGAGGAGUUGAAGAAACAAAACACUGGUAACGGCUCACUGCUGCCUGGUAUCUCCUCUGUUACUAUGGAAGCUUCCAUGAUCAUGAGCAAUAUCCAACGUAUAAUCCAGGAGAAUGAGAGACUGAAGCAAGAGAUAUUUGAGAAGAGCAGUCGGAUUGAAGAGCAGAAUGAGAAGAUCAGUGAGUUGAUUGAGCGGAAUCAGAGAUACGUCGAACAAAGUAACUUGCUAAUGGAGCAGAGGAACCAUUCACUGCAAACAACAAAUGAAAACACACAGGCAAGAGUGUUGCAUGCAGAACAGGAGAAGGCCAAAGUUGCAGAGGAGUUAGCAGCUGCCACAGCACAGGUUUCCCAGCUGCAGCUGGAGCUGACUGCCCAUGAGAAGAAGGAAAUGGACCUGCGGAAACAGCUGUCUGCUGCCUUGCAGGAGGCAGAGCGACAUGAGACGCAGCUCAACAAACUGCAAGCACAGUUAGCAGAGCUCCAAGAAGCCUCUGAGGACACUCAGACUAGAUUCAAAGCUGAGAAGCAGAGCCGCAAACAGCUGGACCUGAAGAUUACAGCAUUGGAAGAAGAGCUAACAGACCUAAAAGUGGAAAAAGAGACUCUUGAAAGGAAUCUUGCAGAGAGGAAGAAGAAAUCCGUCUCAGAGAGAGCUCAAGCAGAGGAAGAGAUGGAAGAAAUACGCAGAUCAUAUCAGCAGGAACUGGACAAGCUUCGACAGUUGCUGAAAAAGGCACGGAUUUCAACUGACCAGGCAGCAGCAGAGCAGCUAUCACUCAUCCAGGCAGAGCUGGAAUCCCAGUGGGAAGCCAGAUGUGAACGUACGCUGGCCUCGGCUAAGGAGCAGCAUGUUAGACAAUACCAGGAGGUGUGUGAGCAGAGAGAUUCCCUGCAGCAGCAGGUGUCCCAGCUGGAAGAGAAGCUUGCGACUCUAAAACACUUGAAAAAAGCAGAGGAGCAAAAAUUGUCUGAGUUUCAGCAACGUUUGGAGCAACUAGAGCCUAUCAAAGAGAAGUAUUCAGCCUUGCAGUCUGAUAUUGUGGUGCUGAAGGGUCGCUAUGAAAAACGCAUCAGAGACCUGGAGAAGGAUCAGGACAGAUCUUCAUCUGCAGACUUCACAGAAGAAGUAAAGAAGAUAAUGAAUGGUGUGUUUCAAUCUCUUCGGGGUGAAUUUGAGCUGGAAGAGACAUACAGUGGCAGGACAGUUCUGGGUGUUGUCAUGAACACUAUUAAGACUGUAACACUGCAGCUACUCAACAGGCAGCAGGAGAAACUAGAUCACGACAGUAAAAAGGAGGAAUCUAGAACAGGAGCAGCAAGACAGGAGGGAUCACCUGGAGUAAAGACUGACCACGAAGAGCCUGUGCAGCAUAGCCCAGCACAGUGUGUUGCAUUCCCAGCUGACCCUGGUGAAGCAGCCACAGGCUCCAUGGUGUCUGACCAGGAAGGCGAGUCUGCUCCUCUGUCUGCCAGGCCCAGAGCUCCUGAGGAGGAGCAGGCGACACAGAGCAGUGGGAUGUCAGAAGAGGAGAAGGUCCAGGGGGAGCAUCUCUCUUCCACUGCUGAAUCCUCUCUGGAUCCUGAUAAGGGGGCUGUGCUUGCAGGACAGACUGUUCCUGAGGUGGAUGAGAACUUUGUCCCAGCCGAGCAAAGGCAGGAGAGCAGUCCCAUCAGGGAAGCUGAGACUGAACACAGUCCCUCCAGAAUAUCUUUGCAGGCUGAAGUUGCAGAACCUUCUGCUCUAGAAGCCAAGCCAAGAGAAGCGGAUGUGGCAGUGCUUCCAGAAAAGCCAGCUGCAGAGCAGAAGGCAGAGGAGCCUGUGGGAGGUUUUGAGCCCCCUCCCUUAAAUGGUGAGGGAGGGAACUGCACAGACCCAUUAGGUGGAGCUAGCUGUGAGGAGCCUGCUUCAGUAUCCAACACAGCAGAGCUGAGCUCAGCUAUCAUGAGAGAAACCCCAGGACAGCAAAAACUGGGCUCCAGCCCGAGGCAAAAAGAUUCCAGCCUCUUUGAGGAUGACAACUUCUUUGAAACAGCAAAGGCAUCUUGUAAACCACUGAAGCCUCAAGUUCCCUCUGAGGAGGAGGAUGAGGAGGAAGUGAGCAUGAAGGGACGUCCCCCUCCAGCUCCACUCUUUGGUGAUGAUGAUGAUGAUGAUCUGGACUGGCUGGGAUGAAGAGCCAGCUGGUGAGCCUAUGAGCCCUCUCCUCUGGGCAUGGCCUCUUCCUGUGUGCUUAGCACUUAACGAGCUGCAUAUGUGGGACAGUUGUGAACAACCAGGGACUUCCCAGGCUCUUGUACUGCAGACUGAUGGGACCCAUCGCUCUGACCUGACAAAUGUGCACAGAGAUUGGGACGAGCUGAAGGAACCAACCAGUCUUACUGCACAUUUGUAUCCUACUUCUGUGAACUGUUUCAUUAAUCUGAAAGUUUAUGCAAACAUGAACUUUGUAAAGUGCUUCAGAAGGACAAGUCUGGCAGGACCCUGCAGUAGGAAACUACUUUAAAAAAAAAAACAAAAACAAAACAAACAAACAAAAGACCAGGCUAAAAUCUUGUCUUCUUCCUCAGUGAAGAUCUCUUUGGAAUGUUUCUCUUAGACCCCAGGGUGGCUCACAGGGACUCUACACCAUCUCGUCACCAUGUAUGAGCAAUGUGCAGUGGGAGAUUCGGCUGAGAAACCCCAGGCAGCUGUUUUCCUGUGAGCCACCAGCUCUGCACAGGCAGCUUGGGGAAACCCCAGGGGCUGAGGCAGUUCAGGUCAGCACUGUUGUACAUCUAGAGCUGCGGCGCACAUGGUGCUCACUGACCCACAGCCUGUUAGGCAGGGGGAGCUGUUAGCAGUACUGAAAGUCAGGGCUGUUAGACUGAUGCUUCAAGCACAGAUGUAGCAUCUAGUAAUUGCUGUUGUAAGGAACCAACUUCCCAGCUGUGUUUUAUGGAGGAGCCCAAGGCUCACAGAGGCCUCAAAAAUAAUUCAUUUGUGCAGCCAGCUCAUCUCUCUGUAUCCAGAGGUGAAAUUUUUCUUUUUUGCUGGUUUGUUUCACUGGCAGUGAAAGCAGCAAUAGAUGUGUAAUGUGCUGCUUGUCCAGAGAGUUACUGUAGGCAGCCAAGCCCAUCUCCUGUGCCUUUUUUUCUGCUGCUGUUUAAAGGGUGAUGAUCAUAGCACAAGUUAAAACUUAGUGAUGGUGGGACAUAAGCUAUAACCCAGCCUCACCUGGGCCAAGGGUUCGGGGAAUAACUUUUCAGACUAAGUGGACCAGGAGGGGAAAGCAGUGAGGAUAGACAGCUGGCAAACACGUUGGGUUUCUCAUAGCACUUUUACUUCUACACUCACCGGCUCUAAUGCAGCUUAAAACUAUGAGCAGGUCUUUGUAUCUUUAAAACAAAUAAACCCCCCCUUCACUUAAUAAAAUGGAAGUACUUCAAAUAAUUCUACUACAGUUUAGUUUCUACAGCUGCCUCUUAUCAUCCCUGAACUGAAUUUGAUCUGUGUCCUAAAUGCAGUUUCUUGGGAGGAAAAAAAAAAAA